AUACAGACUGCUUCUACAAACAUUUGUGAAAAACUGUGCAAUAAGUCCAGCUGUGAAAUUUCCUUGCUACUAAAUAUUCCACAGUCAACUGUUAGUGGUAUAACAAAGUGGAAGCAACUGAGAACAACAACAAUUCACCCAUGAAGUGGUAGGCCACGUAAAAUGACAGAACGGGGUCAGCACAUGCUGAAGCACACAGUGCGCAGAAGUCGCCAACUGUCUGCAGAGUCAAUAGCUAGAGACCUCCAAACUUGGUGUGGCCUUCAGAUUAUCACAACAACGGUGCAUAGAGAGCUUCAUGGAAUGGGUUUCCUUGGCCGAGCAGCUGCAUCCAAGCCUUACAUCACCAAGUGCAAUGCGAAGUGUCGGAAGUAGUGAUGUAAAGCACGCUGCCACUGGACUCUAG